AUGGACAUAACUAUCCAGCACCCCUGGUUCAAACGUGCUCUUGGAUCCUUAUAUCCAAGCCGUUUGUUUGACCAGUUUUUUGGAGAAGGCCUUUUUGAAUAUGACCUCCUGCCUUUCCUGUCCUCCACCAUCAGCCCUUAUUACCGGCAGUCACUCUUCCGAACUGUGUUGGAAUCCGGCAUUUCUGAGCUCAUGACCCAUGUGUGGUUUGAAAUGCACAAACCACAUGCUGGAAACCCCAAGAACAACCCUACCAAGGCAAGUUGUUUGUGUUCAGUGAGAUCUGACCGAGACAAGUUUGUUAUCUUCCUGGAUGUAAAACACUUCUCUCCUGAAGACUUGACUGUGAAGGUGCUGGAUGACUUUGUGGAAAUUCAUGGGAAGCACAGUGAAAGACAGGAUGACCACGGCUAUAUUUCCCGUGAAUUCCAUCGUCGAUACCGCCUGCCUUCCAACGUGGAUCAGGCCUCCAUUUCCUGCUCUCUGUCUGCUGAUGGCAUGCUGACCUUCUCUGGUCCCAAGAUCCACUCUAACAUGGAUGCAAGCCACAGUGAUCGAUCCAUCCCUGUAUCUCGUGAGGAGAAGCCCACCCUGGCUCCCUCUUCCUAA